AUGGACGUGACCUUAUACAUCUACGACCUGUCAAAUCUCUCUCUACAAAUAACUGGAACACAGAUAGACGCAAUAUACCAUACCUCGCUUGUUUUCGCUGGAGUAGAAUAUUACUUCGGUCGGGGAAUUCAGCAAGCCGCCCCUGGAUCGACGCAUCAUGGCCAACCAAUCGAGACCCUUCUCCUCGGGAGGUCAGAACUUCCGAUGGAGGUGAUUAAUGAGUAUAUGGAUUCCCUAGCAAGGACCUAUACAGAAGACUCCUAUGACUUAUUUCUGCGAAACUGCAACAACUUUACACAUGAUUUGGCCAUGUUCUUGGUUGGCAAAGGCAUUCCAGAGUAUAUCAGAAAUCUACCAGAAACAUUUUUGGAUUCGCCUUUCGGGCAGAUGAUGAAGCCAUACAUUGACAAUAUGCUCCGAGGCCCAGCACAAGGACCUCCACCUCAGCCCGGCCAACCAAUGACCCCAUCAACACCACAAGCACUUGUUCCGUCUCCGAGUGGGCGAGUUCAUAACGUUACAACUCUCAACGAGCUUAAGAAUUUACUCUUGCAAGCGCAAAACUCGUGUGCCGUGAUAUUUUUUACAUCGUCAACUUGCCCCCCUUGCAAGCUUGUGUAUCCGGCAUAUGAUCAACUCGCUGAAGAGGUUGGCAACAAAGCCACAUUGAUCAAAGUGGACAUAAAUUAUGCUUAUGAGAUUUCAUCAACGUAUAAUGUUCGGGCUACGCCCACUUUCAUGACGUUUUUAAAGGGACAAAAGGAUGAUGAAUGGAGCGGCGCCGACGAGGGUAGACUUCGCAGUAAUGUUCGCCUAUUGGUUCAGAUGGCCUGGCCACCGCAUCCUCAUACGAACAUGAAGCUCCCCAGCUUACAGAGAAUGAUUGAUUCAUAUAUUUGCUAUAGGAAAGUUCCACCUUUGGAUAAGCUCGUUCAAAAAGUUGGGCCUGCGGCCAACGAUCCCAUCUUGGCAGAAUUGGUUACUUUCCUUAAGCAAGAAAGCAAACCAAACUCUGCAAAACCGCCCAUCCCAAACUUGUCAUCCCUCGCAGCUUUUGUCCAGACAAAAUUCCCCCGACUGCCUUCGGAGAUCCAGUUCGCCGUGGUCGACCUGGUGCGAACCGCCUUCAUCGAUCCAAGAGUGAGCGGGUUCUUCGCCGAAGAGAAAGACCACAAGACUCUCUUGACCCUGCUGGAUCGUGCCAAAGACCCAUCAAAUUGCCCUUACAAUCAUCAACUGGUCAUGCAACAACUAAUGUGCAACCUUUUCACCUCCCAGCUUUACCCUGACCAACUAUUAUCCCACGACGCCCUCCGUGACACCUGCAUAAAUUUUGCAACUGCUUGCUUACUCGAUUCGCACGGAAAUCUUCGUGUGGCAGCGGCUUCGUUCAUUUACAACCUCGCUGCUCUAAACCAUAAUGAGAGGCUACAGGAUCACCCGGAUAAGCUAACGGAGAGCACUCAGGUAGAACUUGUUGCAUCGCUGCUUGAGGCUAUCCGCAAGGAAUCAGAGAGCUCUGACAAUUUACGUGGCUUGCUUUUGUCGUUGGGUCUCCUGGUAUAUUGUGCGCCCAUGGAUGGGGAUAUCUUAGAGCUAUGUCGAGCGAUGGAUGCUGGAAACAUUGUGCUAGACAAGUCAAAUGUCGAGGCGUUUUCGGGAGAGAAACUUAUCAAAGAGAUUGGGAGUCAACUCUUAGAGGAGGGAUUGAUGUAAUGCCCCCUAAUAUAGAGCAGAAAACAAAGGAUAUGAUUGCCACUCCA